AUGGAGAGUGCGCAGCAUCGCCUAAAGGAGUCGCAAGGCUCCUCUGAUCAGUCCCCCGGUAAAUCCGACUACAAUGACAAUGCUCCGGUGGCCGCGCCGGCCGUCCGCUUCGCCUCAAAAGUUGAGCAAUAUGAUGUUGAUGGAGGCCAGUCGAGACUUGAGCCCACCAAGCAAGCUCCAGAACCCUCUGCUCCUGGCCUCCUCCAGAAUCCAGACGUUACACCCGAACAGAUCAAGGCUCUAUCCCAGUCAUUGGCCGACACAAAUCUGCAGGAGCAGCGGAUGAAGAGUUUCUCAUACCAAGCAUUUUCGCUGCCACCAUCCAGGGUUCCUUCCCAUGACAGUUCCGCCGUUGCUACUCCUCAACAGAGUCAUACACCGACGGGACGUCGCUCCCCAAGGAUGAACAACGCCUUUGAUGUAGCGUCACCUCCUCUGACUCCUGCCGGUACUACGGCACCUGAGUCUGCUUCGGGAAGUCGUCUCAAGCCAGUAAACGCCCAGUCAGAUGGUGGUGUCGACACUUCAGCGAUAACGCCUCAGGCCUCUGGCCAAGGCUCUUUUCCAGCUUCACCACGGAUCGCACUUCCUCAUCGACCAAGCUCGUACGAUCCUUCAGCACUUAAGGACAUUAAUCAGGAGGAGCGGGAAGGUCGACCCACUGGUCAUCGACAAGGCAUGUUCACUCUUGGCAGUGAAUCUGUUCCCGUCUCGAGAGAAAGCAGUCCCUCGGGGAGAAAAACUGCCUCUCAGUAUUACUCUCGUCCAUUCACGCCAGCAGCAGAUCUCAACGACCCUUAUGCCGCAAGCAAACGGGCCCCAGCAAGUCGAAGCUCUGCAAAUAUCGAUUCUCGUUUCGUCUUUUCUAGAAAAAAGGGACGUGGCUCCCCUUCGUCGUCCUCCACGAAUUUGGCCAAGCCCGAUAAGUCUGAGAAGCGGCAUUCCGGCUUUCUCGGCGUUCUUAACAAAGGCAGCCAUCAUGAUCUUCAGCAUACGGGCACUGAUUCGACUACACAUAGCCGCAACGCGUCAAUGUCAGAUCUGAAGCGAUUUUUCAAGGUUGGAGGUGGUCAUAAGGCGAAGAAGUCAGAAUCUCCGGUUGCUGCCGCUGCCAGACCCCAACUCCCAGCAAGCCGACCAUCUUAUCAGGUACCUUUUGCCGAUGAUCAUGGCUUGUCCUCUAAAUAUGGAAAGAUUGGCAGAGUGUUGGGCUCUGGAGCUGGAGGAUCCGUAAAGUUGAUGCGGAGGCACGAAGACAACACAGUGUUUGCAGUGAAGGAGUUCCGCCCGAGGCAUACGUACGAGACGGAGAAGGAGUACGUUAAGAAACUGACAGCGGAAUUUUGCAUUGGAUCAGCUUUGCAUCACGGCAACGUCAUCGAAACCUUGGAUAUUGUGUCGGAAAAAGGAAAGUGGUACGAGGUUAUGGAAUAUGCCCCGUACGAUCUGUUUGCCAUCGUAAUGACAGGGAAAAUGUCGAAAGCCGAAGUCGCCUGCUGCUUCCUGCAGAUACUCAAUGGUGUCACAUAUCUCCACAGCAUGGGUCUGGCGCACCGGGAUUUGAAGCUGGACAAUGUUGUUGUUAGCGAGCAUGGCAUCAUGAAGAUCAUCGACUUCGGCAGUGCCCAUGUUUUCAAGUACCCAUUUGAGGGCGGCAUUGUGUUGGCAUCCGGCAUUGUUGGAUCUGAUCCAUACUUAGCACCAGAAGUAUACGAUGAACGCAAGUACGAUCCCCAGGCUGUUGAUAUAUGGUCUUUGGCCAUUAUCUUCUGCUGCAUGUCAUUGCGAAGAUUUCCUUGGAAGGUCCCUCGAUUGACAGACAAUUCCUACAAACUAUUUGCUGCCGAGCCAACGCCUGGGCAUGAUCCCAAGAAACUCAUUCUUCCUUCGAAAUCAACUAACGACUUGGCCAAUACCCCCCAGCGGGACAUGUUUCCCGAGGAGCAACCCAAGCAGAAGAAUGACCAGGGCGAGAAUCAAGUCCAGAAGUCUGAAAAGUCGGAGAAGCCAGAGAAGCCAGAGAAGCCAGAGAAAUCAGAGAAGUCUGAAGUAGCAUCAUCGUCAUCAAAGUCGGCACAAGCCAACGGAAAUGGCUCUUCCACAACAAAGGAUGCCCCGCCGCCCAAGGAAGUAAUCCGGGGCCCUUGGAGGCUGUUGCGAUUGCUUCCUCGUGAGAGUAGACAUAUUAUCGGUUGUAUGCUCACCAUUGAUCCCCGGAAGCGAGCUACCAUGCAAGAUAUUCUUGACGAGCCAUGGGUAUCCGAUACGGUGAUUUGCCGACAGGAGGGUCCGGGCAACGUAGAACCGGCCCUAGACCACACGCACAUUCUUGAGCCCCCAGCAUCGCAGGCCAAAUAG